ACUUCCGAUAACGAUGGCGGACAAAGACGAAAAGAGCUCUUUGCCUCUUUCAAGAAUCCGAACAAUUAUGAAAAGUUCGCCGGAUGUAUCUAGCAUCAGCCAUGAGGCAUUGUUCCUCACUGGAAAAGCAACGGAGCUGUUCGUUCAAAACCUAGCCCAGGUGUCCCUUGACCGAGACAAGGACAAGAAACAUCUGCAGUACGGUGAUUUGUCAGAGGUGGUCAACACUAAUGAUGUUCUUCAGUUUCUGCAAGACAUUAUUCCACGUAAAAUUAAAGCUCAGGAGUUCUUGGAUAUGAUGGAAGAUGAUGAAGAGGAAACAUGAAAAAGAGAAGAUGCAGAGAGAGAAAAUGACUAAUAAGGCAUAUUAGAAUGCCUUGAAUCCUUUCACCACUGUAGAUCAUAAUGGACUCCUCCGUAUCAAUGCAUGGUAGAGUCUACUAAAGUUACAUGUGUGUUAACGGGUUAAAAUUAGUAACAGCAAAGUUAACCAUUGGGAGAUUUGAGACCACGCAAUGUUCAGUGACAAUGCCACCACAAUAAGUAGAUAAUCUGUGCUUUGCUCUUUGCAUUUUUUGUCUCAAAUAAAAUAAAAGCAUAUGUCCCCUGGUAUGAAGUAUAAAUAUUGUUCUAUAUUAAAAAAAGCAAAACUUGAAAAAAAAGGAUAGAACCUUGAACAAUUCAUACUGGUAUUGUUUUUACUUGAAAACAUCAAAUUUGCUACAAAAUAAUGUAAAUACUUUGUGCUAUGCUCUUUACAUUUUUUGUCUCAUAUGAAAUAAAAGCAUAUGCCACCUGGAAUGUAGUUUAACAUUGUUCCAGUUAAAAAAUAUAAUCAAGACUAGUACUGAAAUAUUCAUACCAGUAUUAAUUUACUUGAAAACAUCAAAUUUGUUACAAAAUAAGGUGAGGAAAAGGGAAAAAAAUCUGCUGAAAGUGCUAUACCGGUAUAUAUUUUCCCCCCGUAAAGGAUUGUAAAGUGCUCGAGUGUAGAUAUCAAAUUGUUCAUUGAAUGAUUCCUCAAAAGAUGUUCAUGUAACCAUUAACAAUAUGAUACAAGUAUUUGAUUCAUAGGCAUUUUGUAAAGUUUACAUGGAAAAUACUUGAAUGUCAUUGAUAAUUGUUUUCUUACCAAUCUACCAUGGAAAGUAAACCACAGGACAGUGCAUUGCAUAACAAAUUCAACCGUGACAUCAUUAUUCAGUAACAGACUAUGGAUUUGAUUGACUAUCGAUUGUGCAUGUUGAUUUAUUUGCUUGAUAUGGUGCAAAGAAUAUAUUUUAGUAAUUGUCAAAUUAUGAAAGAAAAUAUAGAAACUUUUCAUACAGUUCACACUGCCAUUAAUUGUAUUUCAUACCGUUGUAAAUAGCCGAAAAGGCCCAUCAAUGCUUCUGAGCCUGGGAUGUACAUAUAUUUAAGCCCAGUGCCUGGGACUGAUACAUUUUAUAUUAGGGGCUAGUGAAAAUUUUCAAAAAGUAUGUACAAUGUAUAUGAAAUUAUACAUUGAGCCAGUAGAAUUUUUGUAAGUAUGCCAGCUGGCUGUUGCCCUGAAUAUGAAAAUGUAUACCGUUGAUGUACUUUAAAGUACAUCAGGGGCAUACAAUUUCAUAUUCAGGGCAACAGCCAGCUGUUUAUAAUGCUAAUGUGCAUUGCAGUAAAACAAUACAAAACUCAUCAAUAUGUCAUGGUAUUUUUUUAUAAUGAUAUGACAAAUGAGAAUUGUGUUUUAAUUUUGUUGUAUAUAUAUUUGUUUGUACCAAGUAUAUUUCUUAUGACAUUAAAAGAAUUAAUGCUA